UGGUCAGGUUGCUGGCUUUGCGAGCGCUUUCGGAGAAGGCAAACCGAUUUCAACGAACGAACCCAGCGGAGCUGUCUUCCCAGAAAGUGUGACAACGCUCUUACGGUGUAUUAAAUAAAAUAACUUCUUUUUUUAUCUGUGUGUAACAAACAAUUUCAAAGCUUUUCAGCAUGGGCAUUGGCUAUGGCGCCGCUGAUGAGCAGCUGGAGAAACAAAUCGGCUGCGUGAAAUACACGCUCUUCUGCUUCAAUAUUAUCGCCUGGAUGAUAUCUACGGCCCUGUUCGCCCUCACCGUCUGGCUGCGGGCCGAGCCGGGAUUCAAUGACUGGCUGCGCAUACUGGAGGCUCAGUCCUUUUACAUUGGCGUCUAUGUGCUAAUCGCCAUUAGCAUUAUCAUGAUGGCGGUCAGCUUUUUGGGCUGCCUUAGUGCCCUCAUGGAGAACACCCUGGCGCUGUUUGUAUUUAUUGGCACACAGAUAUUUGGUUUUGUGUCCACGGUGGCCGGUGCGGCCAUAUUGCUGCAGUACAGCACAAUUAACUCGAGCUUGCAGCCGCUGUUGAAUGUGUCGCUGAGAAGAUUUGUGGCGACAUCGGAAUACACGUACUCCAACUAUGUGCUGACCAUGAUUCAGGAAAAUAUUGGCUGCUGCGGCGCCAGCGGACCAUGGGACUAUCUGGAUUUGCACCAACCAUUGCCCAGCUCCUGCCGCGACACCGUCAGUGGCAAUGCCUUCUUCAGUGGCUGCGUGGACGAGCUGACCUGGUUCUUUGAGGGCAAGACCGCCUGGAUUGUGGGAUUGGCCAUGGUAAUGUCCAUGCUGACGGUCAUCUGUGGCGUUAUGAGCUUUAUCCUGGUCCAGGCCGUCAAAAAGGAGGAGGAGCAGGCCACCAACUACAGACGCUAAAGGCCAGCACCAACCCGAAGCAACAACCAUUUAGUUAGCUAAGUUAACAGCCUAGACGAGCGCAGAGUGCAGAGUUAUGUCCAUGGUUAAUAGAUCAUAAGUUUUCAAUUCGAACAAUAAGUACGUUAAUAAACCAAGAGAAUAAAGCCACCUUUGGCCCACUAAA